CGACAGUGCCGUGUCUGAAUACGUCGUCGUUACCGAGUGAAGUGCGUCUCUCUGGAGCAGAUACCGGCUGAGAGAAACGCAGCAACAAGAGAAAGGAAUAUAUCUGGAUUCGUGUUUUUUUUACCCGAGUAAUCUCCGAGGACCGCGCAUCCCCUCAGGUAAAAACUAUUCCACCCCAAACUCGAUGUGGAAGCUGGGCUGAACGAAGAAGGGGCUUCGCUGGGGAAGGCGACUAGCUUCAUCGCCAAACCGAGCUCGUCGGAGUAGCCUAGUUGCCUCCCAAGCGACACUUUAAUAAAGGAAGGAGCGGACACUUUUGGCCCAAACACUGGUGAAAAUGGACUAUGAUUUUAAAGUGAAGCUGACCGGCGAAAGGGAGCGUGUGGAGGACCUGUUCGAGUACGAAGGAUGCAAAGUAGGAAGAGGCACCUACGGUCAUGUGUACAAAGCUAAGAGAAAAGAUGGGAAGGAUGAUAAAGACUAUGCCCUCAAGCAGAUUGAAGGCACUGGCAUCUCCAUGUCAGCCUGCAGAGAGAUUGCAUUGCUACGGGAGCUGAAGCACCCCAACGUCAUCUCCCUGCAGAAGGUUUUCCUGUCACACGCAGACCGCAAAGUAUGGCUGCUCUUUGACUAUGCCGAGCAUGAUCUCUGGCACAUUAUUAAGUUCCACAGAGCCUCCAAGGCCAACAAGAAGCCCCUUCAGCUGCCUCGAGGAAUGGUCAAGUCUCUUCUCUACCAGAUCCUGGAUGGCAUCCAUUACCUCCACGCCAACUGGGUCCUCCACAGAGACCUUAAACCUGCAAACAUUUUAGUGAUGGGGGAAGGGCCAGAGAGGGGUAGAGUAAAGAUUGCCGACAUGGGAUUUGCCCGACUCUUCAAUUCACCGCUGAAGCCUUUAGCCGAUCUUGACCCUGUGGUGGUCACCUUCUGGUACAGAGCACCUGAACUACUGCUGGGGGCUCGGCACUACACCAAAGCCAUCGACAUCUGGGCGAUUGGCUGCAUCUUUGCGGAGCUGCUGACCUCUGAGCCAAUAUUCCACUGUCGCCAGGAAGACAUCAAGACCAGUAACCCUUACCACCACGACCAACUGGACCGCAUCUUUAACGUCAUGGGCUUCCCUGCUGAUAAAGACUGGGAGGACAUCAAAAAGAUGCCAGAACACUCUACGCUGAUGAAAGACUUCAGAAGGAACACAUACACAAACUGCAGCCUUAUAAAGUACAUGGAAAAACAUAAAGUCAAACCCGACAGCAAAGCAUUCCACUUGCUGCAGAAACUGCUGACCAUGGACCCCAUCCGUAGAAUCACGUCUGAGCAGGCUAUGCAGGACCCUUACUUUUUGGAGGAGCCCCUGCCCACCUCUGAUGUGUUUGCAGGCUGCCAGAUUCCCUACCCAAAGAGGGAGUUCCUAACAGAGGAGGAGCCAGAGGACAAGGCAGACAAAAAAAACCAGCAACAGCAACAGGGAAACAACCACACGAAUGGGGCGGGGCACACUGGUAACCCUGACAACAGCCACGCUCAGGGUCCGCCUCUGAAGAAAGUGCGAGUCGUCCCGCCCACCACUACCUCAGGUGGCCUCAUUAUGACCUCAGACUACCAGCGCUCCAAUCCACAUGCUGCCUACCAGAACCCUGGACCAAGCACAGCACUGCCCCAAAACAGCAUGGGAUACUCCUCUACCUCCCAACAGCCGCCCCAGUACUCCCACCAGACCCACCGCUACUGAGAACCCCCCGACCACACACACAUACACUUAUACACAUGCACAAAUAUACACACAUACACAGCCCUCAUCAUGCCCACCUGAACGAAUGUACUGAGGGAUGUGGGGAUGUCCAAGGCUACAAACCCCACCCAACUCCAUCCCACAGAGGGCACCUUCUCUACAGCAGUCUUUUAGGCCUGAGUGACUACACUUCUUCAAGCUAACACACCAUUACCCCAGUAUUAGAAAACACUGCUUCAGAGCAAAAUCUGACAGGUGGAAAAAAAGAGGAACGAUAAGAAUAAGAAGAAUGGAUACUAGGAUCAAACGUGUGUCUGAUGCUCAAACCAGCCAAGAGAAGAUGGCUUGGUUUUGAGGGUGAAACGUGUCAAUCUCUUGUGUGAUCUCCUCUCUUCUUUUUCUUUACCUGUCUCCACACCUCCACCCUAAACCUCUAACCGUCAAAGCUUGGAUAAGACUGAAAGCUGCUAUGUGACUGCCAGCGUUGACAGAUUCUGUCCAACUGUCCUCCUGUCUGUCUGUUUUGUCUGUUUGUGUGUGUGCGGCCCUAUGAGGGCCUCAGCUGAGGACUGAACUAAGCUGCUGUGAAGCAUGCUGGGCGGAUGUGGAGCCCCCGCAGCUGUGGCCUUGAGGGUUUUAAUAAAGGACAAAAAAAAAAAGAUGACAAAAAAGAUUUUAGUAGUUUAUAAUUUAAUCCGUUUUCAUGUUUUUUUUGUUUUCAUGGCAAGACAGGCAAAGCAGCCCGCGCUGGCUGAGAGCUCAGCCGCUGUGAGCAAGCCUUACAACAUGACGACAAAACCAACCAAUCGCAUGGAGUAUGGCAAAUGGAACAUGCAUUGUACUGUAUUGUAUUGAAAUAUUUUACAUGAAGCAAGUAUCCUGACAAUAAAAGUGGAAACAUUGA